UUUCUACCCUGAAGUGCUGCAGUUCACUAGCCUCAGAGCUCUGAAAGAUACCUUAGGAACUUUAUUUGCCGAUUUGAUAAACGGUUACCAUGGUCUCUCUUAGACUUCCGUAUCUUCUGGUCUUGAUGACCCUGGUGCUAGUUCCAGCGCUAGCACAAAGACUGCGGUCAGCAACCGCUGUUCGCCAACCAGUAGACCAAAAACCUCUUGAGCCAGCAGCCUGUCCGCUGGUAGACCCUAUAAAAGAAGUCGAGGGUUACUUUGAUGAUACAAAGUUCCAGCUGGAAGGUGCACAGGAGAAGGAAGUUGAAAUGGAAGAAGACGAAGACGAAGCUUUGCAGACUGACUUUGUUCCACUUGAGGACAUGCCAAAAGAGCGCGUAUCAUUUGAGGAUCUACGGAACCGUUUCAGGCAGGAGUACAGAACAGAGUUGGCAGAAGUAAACCCCUACGUGGCCUACGCAGAGUCUCAGUACCUGGUCUCCUGGAGGUGCUGCCCCCGUCGUCAAGGAUACGGUUGCCGAAGCUACAGACGUCGUCUGCCGUGCUUCUACGACACCAGCUCCAACCCCCCGGCCAGAUGCUGUCCUUUCUACCCGUCUAACGCCAUCUACACCGCCUACUGUAACUGCAACAAGUGUGCCCUGCUCACCGAGAACUGUGCGUCUGUGGGCCGCUGUCUGCGCCGCUACACACUGCGCAGUUUCUACGCCGUCUGCUCCACCAACCCAUGGUCCGUGAAGCGUUUCACCAGGAGAGUUGCCACUAGCUGUUACUGCAGAACCCACUGCUAAAACUCUUGUUCUCAUUUACUUUUGGUAUUGGCACUAAGUAGUAUUACGUCCCUACCUUUCUUUAAGUGUCUUUGAUAAAUUUAGAAUCGAUUUACGUAACUACAUGAACACCACCGACCACCAUAGUCUAUCCAGGUUACGUGGCUGCAAAAUCAACAAACACUUAUAGCAAAUUUCUUUUAAUGAAAUACAAUAGCCAAUAACCUUGCCUCUUUCAUUGUGCAUAAACUUUAGGGAGUACAUAAAAACCUACACGAGUGAUCUAGACACCGACUGUCAUGGACACACUUCGCAUCAUAAACGAAAAUACAAGUAGACAAAAAAGAAAACCGUUUGUAAAAAAAAGUAAAGCACUCAGCCAUUCACAAAAUUGCUGGGUUGUGAUCAUAGUUAUUUUCAGCGACAUUACGCACGAAAGGAAUAGGUUCCUGGGGUGUUUUAACAAAAAGAAAUAAAUUGAUUAGGACAGACACAGUGAAAGUGUGUUACUAUACUCAGCUUGAAAAAAUGUAGCUUUCGGUAAAACUAAGAACAGCGUCGUUUGACUGAACUUAACCAAAACAUCAAGUUUUGUUCAGCAGUAAGAGGUAAAUGCUGCCUCAAGGUGUGCCCGUUUCUCCAUCUUGUUGUGUCCGUGUACUUUUGAUACGGGCUAUUCCAUGGUUUGUUUCUUUUUGUUUGGUGUGAGUAAUCAUUGUUGGAGUGUCAUCACACUUAUUUCCUUGAGUUUUGAUAGAAAUGUUAGGACAGUUUUAUUCUUUUAGUUCAUUACAGGUCCUCUCUUAUUUUCCUUUUUAAUCGGUAUCCAUUUUGUUCAUCACUGAAUAUUGUUCUAUAUUAAUUUAUGCAAAGCAAAUGAAUGUGUUAUGUGAAAUCAUCAGGGAUAUAUUUGGUCAAGUCAUUACUAGUAUUAUGAUGUGAUUCUAAUGUGUAAAAGAUGGAGAGCAAUUUGAUUUUGUGUGCAGCUGAAAACUGAUUAUACUCCCAUUUCGCACUAAUGUUGUGUUAAAAUGCUGCUUUUUAUUAUUAAAUUUCAACAAAAUCUA